CCCAUAUUUGGCCGCAUACAUAGCAAAAACGAAGUACAGUGCAUUGCUAUAAUUCAUUAAUACAUCAUAAAUCGUGAAGCACCGCGUUAUAACGACCAAGAUCUACAAAUCAAGCCCUCUAAAAUACCCUAAAUGAGCUCUUACUUUGUAAACUCGUUCUCAGGGCGCUAUCCAAAUGGCCCCGACUAUCAGUUGCUAAAUUAUGGAACUAGCAGCAGCGCUAUGAACGGUUCGUACAGGGAUUCCGGCACCAUGCACUCGGGCUCUUACAGCUACAACUACAAUGGGAUGGACCUGAGCCUCAAUCGUUCCACCACCACCGGCCACUUUGGGGCAGUUGGAAAUAACUCCCGGGGUUUCCAGUCUCCGACCCCGGAGACGCGUUUCAGACAGCCGUCUAGUUGUUCUCUCGCGUCUCCCGAUCCCUUGCCUUGCUCCAACAGCGAGACUCUGGGACCCAAAAGCUCCUCGCCCCCUUCCGACCAGAGCGCUGCCACGACCGGCAGUAGCCUCACCAACAGCAGCAGCGCACAUUUCACAGAAUUAGACGAGACCAGCGCUUCUUCCGAGACCGAAGAAAGCACCCACAGAGGCGGCAACCCUACUCCUCGGACGCAGCAGCAACAGCAGGAGCCUACAGCAACCUCAACCACGACACCAUCGACCGACGGGCAAGCGCCACAAAUAUUUCCAUGGAUGCGAAAACUACAUAUUAGCCAUGAUAUGACUGGACCUGACGGGAAAAGGGCCCGAACUGCCUACACCCGCUACCAGACGCUAGAGCUGGAAAAAGAAUUCCAUUUCAAUAGGUAUCUAACCCGGAGGAGGAGAAUAGAGAUAGCCCACGCGCUGUGCCUCUCGGAACGGCAAAUUAAGAUCUGGUUCCAGAACCGGAGGAUGAAAUGGAAGAAGGACAAUAAGCUGAAAAGUAUGAGCCUGGCUACUGCAGGUAGUGCUUUCCAGCCCUAAUAUUCACGCAAAAAAAUGCGGGGAAAAGUAAAUUAAUAAAAUGUAGGACAAGAUAACAUUAUUCCUGAGUACUGUACAG